UUGAAUGAAUAAAUUAAAUACUAUUACUGUUUGCGCAUAAAAAGUGUGGAAAACUAUAUAACUAUCACUUUAUUGACUAAUCAAUUGGUUUUUGCAUUUAACUCAACACUUGUUUUUGCGAUUCAAUUACAGUAUUAUUAUUAUUAAUAGUAGUUUUUGUAUUGAUUUCAAUUGAUUAGUUGUAUAGACUAUUGAUCGGCUUAUUUGGUGACCAGCAAUGCCUCCCGUUCCCAGUGGUAAGGCUGUCAAGAAGGCCGGUAAAGCACAGAAGGCUGUCCGCGCUUCAGACAAGAAGGGAAAACACAGGAAGAAAAGGAAGGAGUCGUUCAGUAUUUACAUCUAUAAAGUGCUAAAACAGGUACACCCGGACACUGGCAUCUCAUCGAAAGCCAUGUCUAUAAUGAACUCUUUCGUUAACGACAUCUUCGAGCGCAUUGCCGCUGAAGCGUCGCGUUUGGCUCACUAUAACAAGCGGUCGACUAUUACUUCCCGAGAGGUUCAGACAGCUGUUCGACUUCUAUUGCCGGGAGAGUUGGCUAAACACGCGGUCAGUGAAGGCACUAAAGCGGUCACGAAGUAUACAUCGAGUAAAUAAAACAACACAAUGACCACAUGUUUGACCGAUUAAUUAAAUGAUAUUUUAUUAAUAUUUUCCUAUAAAUUACAUCUAAUUUUUUUUUAAUAUUAAGAUAUUUGUCGACUAUUUUUAAUUUCAUAUAAGUAUUAAAUUUAGAAAUUGUUUAAUUUAUCAGUAUUUAG